AUGGCAGCCUUAGUCGACCACAGAAACUACCUUGCUGAUGUGCUGGCACGACAAGCUGUACGCCGACGCAUCGCCGAUCCAGGCCACGAGUAUGGUGCCCAACCAACACUAUCGCAUGCGUCCUCUUCCCACUUGCCGCCGAGUCCCCCACCCGAACUAGAGGCCGGACCAAGCAAGCCCAGCAAGACCAACGUAGUCAACUACGUGCCCGCUGAAGAGGCGGUGCGCAACGACUACGCGAGCUGGUACGGCGUGUCCGGGGAGUAUCCCAGCAACCAUGUCCUGGGCGCCGGCGAGCGCGAGAUCUGCGAGGAGUUCCCGGCCCUGCGCCGACUCAUGGACCUCAAGGCCGAACAUGUCGCAGCGGUAGCACAUCCCCCACUCGUUAUUCCUCUUCCAUCAACCAGCGCAUCGACAGUCGCAGCUGCCGCCGCACCCCACCGCUUUGAUGUCAUCCUCAUCCACCCGACGAAGAGCUGGGCUGAGACAGCGGCACUGCCCAUCCGACAACUCUCGGCCGAUCCGGGCUUCGUCUUCCUCUGGGUCGGCACCGGAGAUGCGGAUGGACUGGAGCGAGGUCGCGAGUGUCUCGCCAAGUGGGGGUUCCGUCGCGCAGAGGACAUUGUGUGGGUCAAGACCAACAAGAAUGACAAAUCGGACGGUGGUGGGCCCGGAGGAGGUCUCUUUGCGUCACAGAAGGAGCACUGCCUCAUGGGAAUUCGCGGCACUGUGCGGAGGAGCACCGAUUCAAGAUUCGUGCACUGCAAUGUGGACACGGACGUUAUUGUCUGUGAACAAGACGCUGGCACUCCACCCUACAUCUACAACCUCAUCGAGAACUUCUGCCUUGGUUCCCGUCGACUCGAACUCUUUAGCAGCGCUAGCACCCCACGGCGAGGGUGGGUCACCGCUACCCUUGGUCCGGCACCCGACACUGUCCAGCUCUUUGACGGCGCGCUGUACGCCUCGUUCUUGCCGUCCAAAGAGGAAGGAAAGCCUGUCCUUCCCUUCCACGCCGAGAUCGACAUGUUACGCCCCAAAUCGCCACAGCGUCGCGGGGCAGGUGGUGGAGGACGUGGCGGUCGCGGACCCCCAACUGCACCCGGCAGCCCGCCGCCGACCCCGCCGUUCCGUCAAGGCGGCAGCAACGUCAUGCGCAUGGGUGCGCUCACGCCAGCUCAAGGCAUGGGCGGCGCUGGCAUGAUGUCCAACUUCAACCCCAACCAGGGCAUGAACCAGGGCAUGAUGACCGGAUACGGCCAAAUGAACCCCGCGCAGAACAUGAUGCCUGGCUACGGCCAGAUGGCGGGCUAUGGCCAGGCCGGCAUGAUGUCUGGGUACGGACAGAUGCCGCCGCAGAUGCUUGGGUACGGUCAAAUGCCGCAGAUGCUCCCUCAGAACCCUCAGCAGAUGAUGGCCAUGCAGGCCAUGCAGGCCCAGAUGGCCCAGAUGCAGGGGAUGGGGAUGGGGGGCAUGCAAGGCAUGCAGAUGGGGCCGGGGAUGGCCAUGGGGAUGGCCAUGGGUGUACCGGGUAUGAACCCGAACAUGUCCAUGAUGGGCGGGAUGAGUCCCGGCAUGCUGAGCCCCAACAUACAGCAGGGGAUGGGCAGUGGAAUGGGGAGCCCGUAUCUCGGCUCGCCGAACAUGGGUCAUGUUCAGCUGGAGGGCGAGGAGCAGCACGACUGGUCUGGCCAUGGCCAGACCAUGGGACAGCUUGCGAUGGGUAUGGGAGCGAUGGGGAUGCCGUACUUGGGAGGCGGUGGAUAUCCAUACAAUGGAUAA